CUGCUGUGUGUACAGAAACUCGCCUCACAGCUCUCACUUGGACUGUAACUACCGGACGAGGAACGUUACUCUACUUUUAUUUCGCGCGCACGUGUUUAACAGCCAGCACGGCGCUUUUCAACGCUUGAACCCACACAGGCGUUUAUUUUAGAGGAAUCUCGUGUGGCUUUAGUGAUGAAGUGACCAUCCACGACAGCAUCCCUCCAAACAGCGUUUAAUGGACGGAGUCAGACUCUGAGGCUGAACCCCCUGUAAGCCUGCAGGCGAGGGGAGGGAGACCCAGCAUGGCUGAGGCUGAUGGAGAGAGCAGCAGCAGUCAGCAGAGAAAGAAGCCGCCCUGGCUCCAACUCGACAUCCCCACCACACACGGCCCAAUGGAGGAGCACAACAGCUUCCUGCAGCCAUGGGCACGUAACAGCUUGUACCUGCGCAGUGCCAGUGUGCCCACUGAGAACAUCCAGCUCAGAUGCCCGCCGGUGGACCCCAAUGCCUGCCACAGACCGUCAGUACUGCGAAAACCCUCCAUCUCCCAGACCAUCAAAAGGGGCACAGCGGACUGGUUUGGGGUCAGUAAAGAUACAGACACUACUCAGAAAUGGCAGAGGAAAAGCCUUCACCACUGCAACCAGCGCUACGGCAAGCUGAAGCCUCAGGUGAUCCGCGAGAUGGAUCUGCCCAGCCAGGACAACAUCUCCAUCACCAGCACAGAGACCCCUCCACCUCUAUACGUCCCCUCAGCACAGCAUGGCAUACAGAAGAUCGUGGACCCACUGGCCCGAGGUCGAGCUUUCCGUAACAUGGAGGAGGUGGACACUUUUAAUGGGCCGCAAACUCCCAUAACUCCCGGCGCUGUCUCUCUCUGUUCCUUCACCAGUUCCCGCUCCGGCUUCAAUAGGCAUCCGCGCCGCCGCAAGAGAGAGUCCGUCGCCAAGAUGAGCUUUAGAGCGGCUGCCGCUCUGGUCAAGGGUCGUCCACUGAAAGAGGGUACAAUGCGUCGAGCGCACAGACGCAGCUUUGCUGCUGCCAGCUUCAUUGAGGAAGACACAGGGGAUUUCCUAGAUGAGCUAGACACCUCCUUCUUCACAAGGGAUGGGCUGGUACAUGAGGAACUGUCCACAUAUGCAGAUGAAGUGUUUGAGUCUCCCUCUGAAGCUGCCAUUCGUGAGAAUGACACAAACAAAGUCCCUGAUGAGACUGACCUGACUGGCAGUGCCCUGGACAAAACUGACUUAGAGAGGAGCCACUUAAUGUUGCCAUUGGAGAGGGGCUGGAGGAAAACAAGAGAUGAUGCACUGAUUCAACCAAAAGUGCGUUUACGACAAGAGGUGGUGAGUGUCAGUGGCCAGCGGCGCGGUCAACGCAUCACUGUUCCUGUGAAAAAGCUCUUCACCAGAGAAAAACGUCCCUAUGGUCUGGGUAUGGUGGGCAGGCUGACCAAUCGCACCUACCGCAAACGCAUCGACAGCUAUGUGAAGAGACAGAUAGAGGACAUGAAUGACCACAGGCCUUUCUUCACGUACUGGAUAACAUUCGUCCACUUGCUCAUCACCAUCCUCUCCGUUUCCAUCUAUGGCAUUGCACCUGUUGGCUUUUCCCAACAUGAAACUGUAGAUUCUGUUUUAAGAAAUAAAGGCGUUUAUGAGAAUGUUAAGUUUGUGCAGCAGGAGAACUUCUGGGUUGGACCAAACUCAGAAGCACUGAUACAUCUGGGGGCGAAGUUCUCACCCUGUAUGCGUCAGGACCAGCAGGUGCAUGAUCUGAUCCAGGAGAAGAAAAAGAAGGAGCGUAACUCAGCCUGCUGCGUCCGCAACGACCAAUCAGGCUGCGUACAGACCUCUCAGGAAGAGUGUUCGAGUACGUUGGCUCUUUGGGUAAAGUGGCCUCAGCAUCCGAGUGUUCCAUAUCUAGAUGGUAAAUUGCGCACUUAUGGCUCAGUUUGUCACCAAGACCCCAGGACAUGUCUGGAGCCAGCCUCUGUCUCCCCUCAUGAGUGGCCUGAUGACAUCACCAAGUGGCCAAUAUGCACCAGAUACAGCACUGGAAACCAUACAAACCUGCCACAUAUAGACUGUGUCAUUACAGGCAGGCCAUGCUGCAUCGGAACCAAAGGAAGGUGUGAGAUAACAUCCAGAGAGUACUGUGACUUUAUGAAGGGCUAUUUCCAUGAAGAGGCUACACUUUGCUCCCAGGUGCACUGCAUGGAUGAUGUGUGUGGCCUGCUGCCUUUUCUCAACCCAGAAGUGCCAGACCAGUUCUAUCGGCUGUGGCUCUCUCUCUUCCUGCAUGCUGGGAUCCUGCAUUGCUUGGUGUCUGUGUGCUUCCAGAUGACCAUCCUGAGGGAUUUGGAGAAGCUAGCUGGCUGGCUGCGAAUAUCUAUCAUCUACAUCCUUAGUGGCAUCACUGGCAACUUGGCCAGUGCCAUCUUCCUACCUUACAGAGCUGAGGUGGGCCCGGCAGGAUCUCAGUUUGGUAUCCUGGCAUGUCUUUUCGUGGAGCUGUUUCAGAGUUGGCAGAUUCUGGCUCGUCCAUGGCGGGCCUUGCUCAAGCUGCUGUGUGUGGUGCUCUUUCUCUUCACAUUUGGCCUGCUGCCGUGGAUUGACAACUUCGCCCACAUCUGUGGCUUCGUCUCAGGCUUCUUCCUCUCCUUUGCCUUCUUGCCCUACAUUAGCUUCGGCCGCAUGGACAUGUAUCGCAAGCGCUGUCAGAUCCUGCUCUCGCUCACCCUCUUUCUGGGCAUUUUCUCCGGCUUUGUGGUGCUCUUCUAUGUGUACCCCCUCAAGUGUGAGUGGUGCGAGUUACUCACCUGUAUACCUCUGACUGACAAAUUCUGCGAGAAAUAUGACCUAAAUGCUCACCUCUACUGAGGCCUUACAGAAGCCAUAGCACACUGACCCAUUCUCCAACAAAAAUCUGCAUUCCACUGUUGACAGCUUUGUACUGUCUUGAAAAUAGCCUGGGAACAUUCCAACCAAGGCUGACCCACCAGUAGCACCAAGUUUAGUAUCUGAAUCAGACUAACCUGACAAAAUCCUGUCCAAACCUGACCCAAACCCAACCACAACAAACCAGACAGAGAAUACGGCCUCAGAUUCUUAUUAAAGACAACCUGUGAUAAGUUACUUUGGUGACAACGACAGCAACAACAACAGCCAUCAUCAGGACACUGAUAAACAAAAUGUAAAAAAUAAACUAAUUAUCAGCUAUUCAAAAUUAUGUUUAUAUUCCAGUUUAAUUAAUUUAUUCAUUAUUCAAUACCUUCAAACAAAUUUCUAAAGAAUAGUAGUCCAGAGAAUAUUUUAGUGUAGUUUGAAAGGGUGAGAUAGUCUAGACAAUCUAGCACAGUGUGAAAGGUAGAGUACAUUCUAGAACAUCCUAACCAUCACACACAAGUAGGAUCCAACAAUCCAUAGUGAAGGGUAAUUGGUAUUUACUGGAGAAUGCUGGGUCGGUGUGCUUUGGGCUGAAGGAGCAGAACCCCAGAGGAGAGGAAUGGAAUGGCUCUCAGUCUCCUCAAAUUAACUGACCUUAGAUCAAAUGUAUGGUUCCACUAGAAUCUGUAGCUGUUAUGCACUUGCUGAAGAAGAUCAAGGUUUCUUAUCAUCUUUAUUGGGCAGGCUCAGAGAAACACCCUUCCCAGGGGGGAGAGGUGACUUAAGUGCCUCCGGUGCCUUGUUGAUCGAUACCAACUGCUGCCAUAUUUGUGUUCCAUUAACUCUGAGCACUUUUGUUAUUAACCUGUAAUAAUAUGUACACUGCUGCUGAAGUGGUGAAUGUUCUGGUAGCGUUUUAGCUGCCUGCUCACUUGUAAUACAGAAUACAAUGAGAGUAAAGUUAAUGCCUUCUGUG